GUAAACCCUUUCAUUUUCAAUUAACCAUUAAUCUUGAAUAUUACGUGAAGGUUAUUAAGCUUCACGCGUACCGGUCCUUUAGUAGUAAUUUGCUCGCUAUUGGGAGAAAAUAACCUUCGUUAUUAGGUGAAAAUAACCUUCGCUUAAUCGGGUCAUAUUCGUGAUUGUAGAGCAUAUUGUGAGUCAAUUGAUCAUAUUUCAGUGUCUUGUAUCCUUUUAGUAUUGUAUUCCAGUUCGUUCGCGUUAAUUUAUUUAAUCCUCGCGAAAUUUCCACUGCUUUGAAAUGUCUGCCAAAUCAGAUAUCGCUUUAAUUGGCUUGGCCGUUAUGGGUCAAAAUCUAAUCUUGAAUAUGAACGAUCACGGUUUCAUAGUCACAGCUUACAACCGAACAACCGAAAAAGUUGACUCUUUUUUGAAAAAUGAAGCCAAAGGUACCAACGUCGUCGGAGCGUAUUCUUUGGAAGAAAUGGUCAAGACUUUGAAGAAACCUCGUCGUGUUAUGUUAUUAGUCAAAGCCGGAAGCGCCGUUGACGAUUUUAUAAAAAAAUUAGUUCCACUUUUAGAGGAAGGCGAUAUAAUUAUAGAUGGUGGUAAUUCCGAAUAUCAAGACACAAUCAGACGUACCAAAGAACUAGAAAGUAAAGGUAUCUUGUUCGUUGGAUCUGGAGUAUCCGGUGGCGAAGACGGAGCUCGUUAUGGUCCAUCUUUGAUGCCCGGCGGUAACCCAAAAGCUUGGCCUCAUAUUAAAGAUAUCUUCCAGAGUAUCGCUGCUAAAGUAAACGGUGAACCGUGUUGCGAUUGGGUUGGUGAAAAUGGUGCCGGACAUUUCGUUAAAAUGGUCCACAAUGGAAUCGAAUACGGAGACAUGCAACUUAUCUGCGAAGCUUACCACUUGAUGAAAUCUGUAUUGAAAUUAUCCAACGAUGAAAUGAGCGCUGUAUUCGAAGAAUGGAACAAAGGUGUACUGGAUUCUUUCCUUAUUGAAAUCACCAAAGAUAUAUUGAAAUUCAAAGAUACCGAUGGUAAAUUCUUAGUCGAAAAAAUCAGAGACAGCGCCGGACAAAAAGGUACCGGAAAAUGGACAGCUAUCUCAGCUCUAGAUUACGGUGUACCAGUAACCCUCAUCGGAGAAUCCGUCUUCUCCAGAUGUCUAUCAUCUUUACUCGACGAACGUCAAGAAGCAUCGAAAGUUCUGACUGGACCUAGCGAAGUUGCAUUCUCAGGAGACAAGAAACAAUUUCUAAAAGAUAUCGAACAGGCUUUGUACGCUUCUAAAAUUAUAUCGUAUGCGCAAGGUUUUAUGUUAAUGAGAGAAGCGGCAAAAGUUUAUGGAUGGAAUUUAAAUUACGGCGGAAUCGCGUUGAUGUGGCGUGGUGGCUGUAUAAUUCGCAGUGUUUUCCUCGGUAAUAUUAAAUCGGCCUUUGAGAACAAUCCGAAAUUAACCAACUUAUUGCUCGAUCCGUUCUUCCGGAACGCCAUCAUCAACAGCCAGAAAUCCUGGAGGAAUGUGGUCGCAACCGCUGCCACUGUUGGCGUACCUACGCCAGCUUUCAGUACCGCUUUGGCUUUCUACGAUGGAUACAGAAGUGCCAGAUUACCAGCUAAUUUAUUACAAGCUCAAAGAGAUUACUUCGGAGCUCACACUUACGAAUUAUUAUCUCAACCUGGAAGAUUCGUUCACACAAACUGGACCGGACAUGGAGGAAAUGUAUCUGCAAGUACAUAUCAAGCUUAAUAUUCCUGCCUUAUGGCGAAACAUCUCUACGUAUUUGAAUUACCAUACUCUUAAUCGUGUCAUCAACGUACUUAAUUUGAUUACUUAAUGUUAUCCGCAGAAUGUCUAAAAAUGUAUAAAAUGGCUAGGUUGGUCGUUGAAUAGGAAUCUCUUCUCGUUAUUUACGAGUAUUAUCGUUCCCUUAUGAUUUUUUUUUCAACCAUUCCAUCGAGCUUUUAUGAUUUUUUUUAAAACGUGUUUUUAAUGUGAAAUUUUAUACUAGAUUUGAAGAUGCUUAGAUAGGUUUUCCGUUCUGUUCUCAUUUUUGGUUACCAGUUUUACGUACCUAUUAUUUAUAAUAUAUUAUUGUGUUUUUUAAUCGUGAUUUUUCUUGAUGAAAUUACCUACCUGUGUUUUCAUAUAUUGUUGAGAGCAUGAUACGACGAUGUUGUUAUUGAUAAUUCUCGAGUGUAUUUUAAGAUUGAAAUAUAAAUUAUUUGAGAAUAUUA